AUGUCUAAGCUUGUGACUCGUUUUGGCUUGUACGAGUUGAAACAAGUCCAAACAAGUCGUGACGAGCGGACUGUAGAAAUACUGAUGCAGUGGGUUGCUAAUGAUGAUAGGGUGGCCUGUGUUUUAAAUAGAAGAAAUGAUGAGAUUACAGCAAAGGAUGUCCUUGAUCAUACAGACUGGUCCUUGAUUCACAAUACCAAAUCCUUCAAGGACAUUGCCUUUCUAUGUAUUGUGACUGCUAUCAUUGUGGAGCACUCUUUUUUUCUGUGGAAACAGAAACCUUCAAAGUCCACUGCCCCCUUUGAAUCAGCCAUUCAAAAGUUCAACUUGUCUGCUGAUGUGGCAAAAAUCAAUACUGCCAUUGUGGAGGCCUCUCAUAUGAAAACCAAGGACCAAAAGAAACAGGCCCUUGUAAAGAUUGCUAUGGACAAUCGUCUUCCCCACCUUCCCAGAAUUUCAUAA